CGCCCCGGGGGUCGCCCGCCUUGCCCCUCGCCCCCCGGCCGUCCCCCCAGACAUGCCCCGCCGUGGCGGCCCGGCUCGCCGAGGAUCAUGACUGCGGCAGCGAACUGGGUGGCGAACGGGGCCAGCCUGGAAGACUGUCACUCCAACCUCUUCUCGCUGGCCGAACUGACGGGCAUCAAAUGGCGUAGGUACAACUUUGAAGGCCACGGGGACUGUGGGCCCAUCAUUUCAGCUCCAGCCCAGGAUGAUCCCAUCCUGCUCAGCUUCAUCCGCUGCCUGCAGGCCAACCUGCUGUGCGUGUGGCGCCGCGACGUCAAACCCGACUGCAAGGAGCUCUGGAUAUUCUGGUGGGGGGACGAGCCCAACCUGGUCGAUGUCAUCCACCGCGAGCUGCACAGACAAGUACCUUGGAUACCUGGCAGUGUGUCCAUGUGGCAAUUCCCAGAUGUGAUCCAUGGCUCGGGUGUCAGUGAUCAGCCAGGAAAAUGGGGGGAGAGGCAGCUUUGGAAAUGUGGAGUUUGUUCCUGAUGUUCAUUGAAAUCU